CACGUUGUCACGCUGAGAAGGAGGAACCAGAGGAACCAGAGGAACCAGGAAGUCUUCCAUUGAGUACUACAAGGUUUUAAAUGCAGCUCUGAAAAUCACAAACACUUUUCACAGAUGGCCCAUUUUAAAGAGGUAUCCCAGCAGUCCGGUCUGCACCCUAAGCCAGCGGGGUUGGUUCUGCAGUAUGGUACGGCUGGCUUUAGGACCAAUGCCAACCAGCUGGACCACAUCAUGUUCAGGAUGGGCUUGCUGGCCACACUCCGCUCCAAAAAGACCAAAGCCACCAUUGGGGUCAUGGUGACGGCGUCACACAACCCGGAGGAGGACAAUGGGGUGAAGCUUAUUGACCCCAUGGGGGAGAUGUUGACGUCGUCAUGGGAAGGCUAUGGCACCCAGCUGGCCAACACCGAGCAGGAGGAGUUACUCACAACUCUGAAGGAUAUUGUAGAGAAGGAGGCCAUUGAUAUGAGCCAUGAGGCCAACGUAUUUGUGGGAAAAGAUACCAGGAGCAGCAGUGCCAGCCUUUCACAAGCAGUGUUGGAUGGAAUUAAAGCCCUUGGUGGUCACAGCAAAGACUAUGGUCUGGUGACCACCCCACAGCUGCACUACAUGGUUUGCUGUCAAAACACACAGGGGAAAUACGGAGAGGCAACACUGGAAGGAUACUACAGUAAACUCAGCCAAGCUUUCUCUCAGCUCGCCAAAAAUGCGUCUAAUCGUACGGAUGACCAGAAGCACCUUCGUGUUGAUGGUGCUAAUGGCAUUGGGGCCAUAAAGGUACGCGAGUUGGAGAGUCACUUGAAAAAAGACCUUCAGCUUUCCAUCUUCAACGAUGGCAGCAGAGGAAAGCUGAACCACCAGUGCGGAGCCGACUUUGUCAAAGUGCAGCAGAAACUUCCAAUAGGCAUUAAGAUCAACCCUGGAGAUCGCUGCUGUUCCUUCGAUGGUGAUGCUGACCGUAUAGUUUAUUACUACACCGACUCUAAGGGUCACUUCCACCUGCUCGAUGGAGACAAGAUAGCUACUCUCAUCAGCAGCUUUCUGAAAGAGCUUCUCAAUGAGGCUGGUCUUGACUUGAAGAUAGCGGUGGUGCAAACUGCUUAUGCAAAUGGAAGCUCAACAUACUACCUGGAGAACACCAUGAAAGUAAUCGUGAGGUGUACUAAGACUGGAGUGAAGCACCUACAUCAUGCAGCUCAAGAAUUUGAUAUUGGUGUCUACUUUGAGGCAAACGGCCAUGGGACUGUGUUGUUCAGUAGGGGAGCUGAGGGGAAAAUCCAGCAACUUGCCGCCGACACAAACAUCAAUGAUGAGAGGAAGAAAGCAGCUUUCCUGCUGCAGAAUACCAUCAACAUCAUCAACCAGACUGUAGGAGAUGCCAUUUCUGACAUGCUGCUGAUUGAAGCCAUAUUAGCCAUCAAAGGGAUGACAGUUCAGCAGUGGAACACCAUCUACAGUGACCUGCCAAACAGGCAGCUUAAAGUCAAGGUAUCCGACCGCAGAGUGAUUGAGACCACCGAUGCAGAGAGACGGGCCGUGACCCCAGCAGGGCUGCAGGACGCCAUCGAUGACUUAGUGAAGAAGUACAAACAGGCUCGCUCCUUUGUGAGACCCUCCGGAACCGAGGAUGUGGUGAGAGUCUAUGCAGAGGCAGACACCCAGGAGAACGCAGAUGCUCUGGCCCAUGAAGUCAGCCUUGCAGUGUACAGCCUGGCGGGGGGAGUGGGGGAUGAACCCAAACCUUUACAUUAGAAGCUGACUCCCUCACUGUAGCUUCAUCAUGUUGCCAAUCAACAUUUUGAAGGAAAUCUCUGUUGAUUAUCUUUCUUUAAAUCAGUUUUUUAAUAUAUAUUAUUCCCAGGGAGGUGCUAAUAUGUCAUGUCUAACUGCACUUUGUACUUCUUUGUCUUUCUUUAUAACUAUUAAGUAAUGCACAGCAUGGAAAGUGGUAUAGAGGAGGAAUGUAUCAUGUACUGAAGUAGAUUUCUGUGGGAUUUCAAGGUUGCACUACAUUGUACAUAUGAACAGCAUGAUUAACAAAUCAAUUGUUUGAACUUAUUUCUAAGGCUUAAGCAUGUUUGAACCAAGGGUCUUUUCAUAACCAAUCAAAUGUUUACAUGUCACUUAAAAAGUUGAAAUAAUAAAGAAAUACUUUUG